GAUUUAUCUACGGUCACUCCAGUGACUCUACAUGUGGAUCCACAUGGAUUCUAUCUCUGCUGGACUGAUCAGAACAAGGACACAGAACUGUUGGACCUCACCUUUGUAAAGGAUGUCAGAACGGGUCGAAGCACCAAAACAGCCAAGGAAGCUAAGCUGCGGGAGUUGCUAGAGGUGGGAAACCUUGUUGGUCGGCUGGAGAAUCGCAUGGUUACUGUGGUUACUGCCUCAGACCUCGUAAACAUAAACCAACUUAACUUUAUUGCUUCACAAGAGGACGAAGCCAAGCUGUGGUGUGAGGACCUGUUUUCUCUGUCUUCCAACCUGUUGAGCCACAAUCUCAACAGAGACCACAGUCUGCUGAAAGCGUACGUCAGGUUAACUCUCCAGCCCAACGCAGAAGGAAGGAUUCCUGUCAAAAACAUCGUUCGACUGUUUUCAUCAGACAGAAAGAGAGUCGAGAACUCCCUGGAGUGCUGCAAACUGCCCUACGGACGGGGUGACAGUAUUAAACUGGAGGACUUUACUCUCGAUGUUUACCGACAUUUCUUGGACAGUCUGUGCCCUCGUCCUGAGCUCAACAACAUCUUCAAAAUGCAAGGAGGUGAUGGUGGGACAGUAUCCAUCGAUCAGAUGACAGAAUUCAUCAACAGCAAGCAGAGAGACCCAAGGCUCAAUGAAAUCCUCUACCCUCCACUUCGUCCUACACAGACACAUGCUCUGAUGGAGAGAUACCAACAAGACCAAGCACAACUAAAGCAAGGUGUGAUAUCUCUCCAGGCUUUUUCCAGCUAUCUGUCCAGUGAUGAGAACGGAGUCAUCCCACCUGAGAAACUGGAUCAGUCUGAGGACAUGAGCUUCCCUCUGUCUCACUAUUUUAUUAAUUCAUCUCAUAAUACCUACCUCACAGCGGGCCAGCUGGCAGGCAGCUCCUCAGUAGAGAUGUACAGGCAGGUGCUGCUGGCAGGGUGCCGCUGUGUUGAGUUAGACGUGUGGAAAGGACGAACUGCUGAAGAGGAACCUGUCAUAACCCACGGGUUCACCAUGACAUCAGAAAUCUCUUUCAAGGAGGUGAUUGAAGCCAUAGCGGAGUGCGCCUUCAAGACGUCACCGUUCCCUGUCAUCCUGUCGUUUGAAAACCACGUCGACUCUUUGAAGCAGCAGGCUAAAAUGGCUGAAUACUGUCGAACCAUCUUUGGAGAGGCGCUGCUGAUCGACCCUCUGGACAAAUAUCCUCUGGAACAUGGAGUCCCUCUGCCCAGUCCUCAGGAGCUGAUGGGAAAAAUUCUCAUCAAGAAUAAGAAAUCCCACAAACCCUCCAAUAACACGGACACCAAGAGACUAAUUGACCAACCUGCCAAUCAGAGCAACGAGCUGGUGUCUCCUAGCAACAACACAGGAGAGAUGGAGGCUGAGAGUGAGGAGGAGGAUGAUGAUGAAGAUGAUGAUGGUAAAAAGGGUUCUGCAGAGCGAGAGGCGGUGGCCACAGAGGAGAUGUCUACUCUGGUUAACUACGUCCAGCCAACCAAGUUCAACUCCUUCGAAGCAUCAAAGAAAGCAGCCCGCUGUUACCACAUGUCGUCUUUUGUGGAGACCAAAGCUUUGGAGCACCUCACCAAGUCGCCAGUGGAGUUUGUGGAAUAUAACAAAUCCCAGCUGAGUCGUAUUUACCCCAAAGGAACCAGAGUGGACUCGUCAAACUUUAUGCCUCAGCUGUUCUGGAACGCUGGAUGUCAACUGGUGGCUCUCAACUACCAAACUAUUGAUCUUUCCAUGCAGCUGAACCUGUUCAUGUUCGAGUACAACGGUCGGAGCGGCUACAGACUGAAACCCGAGUUCAUGAGGCGUCCAGACAAACACUUUGACCCAUUCACAGAAAACACAGUGGACGGCAUCGUGGCCAACACGCUCUCUGUGAAGGUGAUUUCUGGCCAGUUUCUGACAGAACGGAGGGUGGGGGUGUACGUGGAGGUGGAGAUGUUUGGACUUCCUGUAGACACCAGGAGGAAAGCUCUGAAGACUAAAACCUCACAAAAUAACAACGCCAUCAAUCCAGUGUGGGACGAAGAGCCCAUCGUCUUCAAGAAGGUCAUCCUUCCAACUCUGGCCUCUCUGAGAAUCGCUGCUUUUGAGGAAGGAGGGAAGUUUAUCGGCCAUCGAAUCAUCCCAGUGUCUGCCAUCAGACCAGGUUAUCGUUACAUCGGCCUGAGGAACGAGAAGAAUCUGAGUCUGAUUCUGCCCGCCAUCUUUGUUUACAUCGAAGUCAAAGACUAUGUUCCUGAUACGUUUGCAGAUGUGAUUGAGGCUCUGUCCAACCCGAUCCGAUACGUCAACCUCCUGGAGCAGAGGUCCAAACAGCUGGCAGCUCUGACUCUGGAGGACGGCGAGGACGAGAUGCAGACGGAGGAUGAGACAGAUAACGGAGCAGAGCGUAAAAACGACAACAAACCAGCUCCACUGGAAAAUGGACUCAGUCCCACCGCUGGUCCAGCAGGCCACACCCCCAUUGCAACGACACCAAAAGCCUCCGCAGCCAGUCAGCAAGCAGCAACAACAGAUAUCCCAGCAUGCACCUUGGAGAGCCUGCAGCAGUCUAAAGUGUACCAGAAAGAGCAGAGACGUCAGUUUAAGGAGCUGAAGGAGCUGGUGAGGAGACACCAGAAGAAAACCUCCGAGCUUCUCCGAGACUUCAGCAACAAGUCCAAGAAGACGGCCAGGCAGUGCAGCAAGAGCAGGAGUUCAGGUUCAGACGGUGAGAAAGAUGAGCGUCUGCAGCAGCUGAAGGACGAGCAGCAGCAGCAGCUCCUGACUCUGAGGCAGGAACAGUACUACAGUCAGAAAUACCUGCAGAGAGAGCACAUUAAGAUGCUCACAGAGCGGCUGACUAGUUUAGCUGAGGAGAGUCACAACAUCCAGAUGAAGAAACUCAAAGACAUCUGUGACAAGGAGAAGAAGGAACUGAAGAGGCAGAUGGAUCGAAGGAGAACUGAGAAGAUCAACCAAGCAAAGACUAAAGAGAAACACCUGGCAGAGGAGGAGAAAAUCGAGAUCAAUAAGUCCUACGUCAACGAAGUGGUCCAGAACAUAAAGCGGCUGGAGGAGACUCAGGCGAAGCGUCACGAUCAGAUGGUGGAGCAGCACAAUGACCUCCUGCAGGAGAUACAGGAGCAGAAACCAAAGUUGCAGGCAGCCGUGGACUCCGAGUUCCAGGAGAGGUUUCAGCGUUUGCCUGGAGAGAUUCACGACUUCCUGCAGGACAGGAAGAUGGAGGGCAGAGCUCGCAGCAAGUCCAGACCCACGAGUCAGCAGGAAACUCUGUCCGAGGAGGACUGAGGGGAAAAAAUGCUCCGAGAUGUGUGACUGUCCCAUGGUUUUUGUGUCCUAUGGAUUUCAAACUAAAGCUGAGCUGCGAGUCACAACCUGUUUUUUUAACACUGGACGCCCUUCUGGAGGAGAACUUGUUGUUGAACGCAGCGCUACUUUAGCUGAUAUACUGAGCAUGCUCUCCUGCCUGGGAUUCCUCCUCCUCUUGGUUUCUACUUGUUUUUAUUGAAUGCUGUCUGAAGACAAGUUACACUUAUUAAAAUCAUUGAUUAAAGGUUGA